CAUCACUAGGUAUAGGUAAGUGCAAUUGCACAAGUUGCGAGAAUCAGCCACGAAUUGAUAGCCAUCUGACGGCGAAUUCCAGAAGCGUCAGUGUAUUCGUCACAAAAUAUUAUGAUCCGUCCGAAUAUUAGCAUGCGUUUAUCACGAACGACAAAACGGAAUAUCACGAUAACGAUAAAACGGAGUAGAACCGAUACGCGUACACGUUAGAGCUAUCUGUCUACAUAGUGCUAUACAUAUUGGUUGUAGCAGAGAGUACUUGUGGUACUAGCAGUACCGCGAGGGCGCGAGGCCGCGACCCUGAGCCCGAUACGCGCGACGGGGAAUAGAGCGUUUCGGUAGCGGAAUAGUGCGCGGAACAAAUACGUGUCAAACUCGGUCCACGGAUAAGCAAAGUGGAGCAUCGUGUGGUGCACACGGGUGUCCGCUAUCGUUUACUGUGUGUAAAGGUUGAGAGUUCAUGAUCAUUCAGCGCCUCGAAACGAUGAUUUUACGAGGCGUUUGACGACGGUCUUUUCCCCCUUAUUUUUUCGUCGCCGAAUGAUCGGAAACUCAUAAGCAAGACGGACCAAGAACUUUCGUUCUGGCGAUCUUCGUUCGACGUACGCAUAACCUGUCAGGAUCGGUCGCUCACGCAGCCACAGAAAACACGUUUAGAGAGUCGGAAAGUGGUGUGAUUGUUAAUAAUUUUUUGCAAUAUCAAACCUCGAAAAAUGCCGCUCUUCGGUAAAAAGGAUUCGAGCAAGAAGAUCAAAAAGGAUGGAAAAGACGAUAAGUCGCCGUCCGUCGAGGACAAAUAUAUCCUGAAGGAGUUGCUCGGAACGGGUGCUUUCUCUGAAGUACAUUUGGCAGAAAGUAAAGAGAAACCUGGUCAAAUGUAUGCUGUGAAAAUCACCGACAAGAAAGCAUUGAAGGGAAAAGAAGACUCUUUAGAAAAUGAAAUCAAAGUGUUAAGAAGGUUAUCACAUCCAAAUAUUGUACAACUGCUGGAAACAUUUGAGGACAAACACAAAGUUUAUUUAGUUAUGGAAUUGGUAACUGGCGGAGAACUCUUUGAUAGAAUUGUUGAGAAAGGUUCCUAUACAGAAAAAGAUGCAUCAGGAUUAAUAAGACAAGUCCUUGAAGCUGUGCACUAUAUGCACGAACAGGGUGUUGUGCACAGAGAUCUUAAACCUGAAAAUCUUUUAUAUUAUAGUCCAGACGAAGAUAGUAAGAUUAUGAUUAGUGAUUUUGGUCUGUCAAAAAUGGAGGAUUCUGGUAUAAUGGCAACUGCUUGUGGUACUCCCGGAUAUGUUGCUCCAGAAGUCUUAGCGCAAAAGCCGUAUGGGAAGGCUAUCGAUGUUUGGAGCAUAGGGGUCAUUUCUUAUAUCCUGCUGUGUGGAUAUCCACCGUUUUACGACGAAAACGACGCCAAUCUGUUUGCACAAAUAAUGAAAGGUGAAUUUGAAUUUGAUUCGCCGUACUGGGACGAUAUCAGUGACUCAGCAAAGGAUUUCAUUCACAAGUUGAUGUGUGUCAAUGUUAAAGAGCGCUAUACUUGUACACAAGCCCUUGCGCAUCCCUGGAUUUCCGGCAACGCGGCUAGCAAUAAAAAUAUCCACGGUACUGUAUCGGAACAACUUAGAAAGAAUUUCGCCAAAUCAAGGUGGAAGCAAGCCUUCCACGCAACCACGGUCAUACGUCAAAUGCAACGGCUGACACUCAACAGCGGCCAACAGCAGCAGGGCCCAGGGUCAACAGGCCCCUCCAGCGGCAACCCCACGCCAUACCUCGAUCAAUCGCAAUCGAACCCCAGUCAUCAACCCAGAUCAGUGGAGCCUCAGACCAACCUCAAUUGAAGCAAAUACUUGAGUCACCGAUAUCCGUAUCAAGCUCGGUGGCCUCAAAUCCUCUCCCCAUUCCAAUCACUCCAAAUUCACCAUUAUACUUGCGCAACAAACGCUUCAAGCUGUGGGGUAGCACACGCACCGCUCUG